GAAUGGGGUUGUACCAAAAACUGACAGAGGUAUGUCUACGCAACUUACUGGAGCGAAAUCUCCGAAACAUGCCAGAAGGAAUCCCGAUUUAGCCACGUUUCAGACCUGCACUAAAGAUUAUAACAAUAUUUUGCGUUCAAGACACCUUUCAAAAUGAACUGCCCCUUGAUUCUUGUGUCUUUUGGAAUAGCCCAGGUUUUGCCGAACACCCCCUGUAUAUCUCACGACAUGGGAACCCUUAGCUUGUAAUAGGAGGUAGAUAAUAAAAAUAUUAGAAUAAAAAGAAGCGUUUUUUUAUAUAUUAAAAAAUAAUAAUGUCUGUUGCGUUCGCUUCGGCUCGCCCCAGAAGUAAAGGGGAGGUGACACAGCAAACUAUACAAAAGAUGCUAGACGAAAACCAUCACCUGAUCCAGUGUAUUAUGGACUAUCAGAGUAAAGGGAAAACUGCAGAAUGCACUCAAUACCAGCAAAUACUGCACAGAAACCUGGUGUAUCUUGCAACAAUAGCGGACUCCAAUCAGAACAUGCAGUCAUUGUUACCUGCACCGCCUACCCAAAACAUGAACAUGGGCCCAGGAGGGAUCAGCCAAAGUGGGUCAAGCCAGUCGCUCCACUCCCAGAGCAAUCUGAACGACAGCAUGGCAACUGGUCUGCCACCCACCUCUCUUAUGCAGAGCCAGAUGAGCAAUGGCCCAAGUCAUGUGUCCAUGCAACAGUCGGGACAGACGUCUCUCCCCACCACUUCCAUGAGCAUGCCAGUCAGCAGCCAUGGUUCGGCCACAGGCUACAGCCACUCGGUGUCCUCUUCACAGGGCAUGCAGAUGCAAAGCCAGGGUCAGUCCAUGGGCAGCUAUGCUUCCCGAAGCAACCUCAACAUGCAGUCUAACCAAGUCACAAUGAUGCACCAACAAGCUGCCACAUCCCAUUACUCCCCAGCACAAGCCGGUAGCCAGCACUAUCAGGGGCAGCAGUCCAUAGGAAUGUUGGGACAGGGUAACCAAGGCAACAGUAUGAUGGCCCAGAGACCCAUGGGUUCAUACCGACCUUCACAGCAAGGAUCAGCCCCGCAGUACAUGGGACAGGAGGAGUUCUACGGGGAGCAGUAUGGACACAGUCAGAGCUCCAGCGAGCCCAUUAACCAGCAAUAUUACCCCGAUGGCCAUGGAGAAUACUCCUACCAGCAGUCUUCAUACAGUGAGCAGAGCUAUGAGAGAAGCUUUGAGGAGUCCUCUCAGCACUACUAUGAAGGAGGAAACUCGCAAUACAGCCAGCAGCAAGCAUCCUACCAACAGGGUUCCAGCCAACAGCAGCCUUUCAGCCAGCAGCAGUACCCUACCCAACAAAGUUAUGCUGGACAGCAGCAGGGCUAUGGCCCGGCACAAGGAGCCUCCACCCAGUACUCUAGCUACCAGCAGGGGCAGGGGCAGCAGUACAGCUCCUAUCGCCCCUCGCAGUCUGGCCCUGCUGCACAAACACAGCGACCUUAUGGAUAUGAGCAGGGCCAGUAUGGGAACUACCAGCAAUAAGGUAAAAGCUCUUCAGCAGAUUUCCUACGCAGUCAACAAGAAAACAUUUUCCUUUGUUCUGUAUUCUGUGAUGAUCUGUUGGUGUAUAGUAACCUAACAGAUCUGAGACCUUUCAAUCUCUGUUUCUUGUGUGUUGUUUUACUCAGUGCAGCUGUAUGGGUUUGGGAAAGUUUUUUUUUUUAGAAGAAUUGUUGCUGCUCAUAGUACCUGUCAAGUGAAAACAAUUGUGUAUUUGUUUUAAUUUUGUUUUUAAGAUUGUAAAUGAAACAUUGUGCAAGUCUGGACAAAAAGGCUUAUUGUCAACAUCAAAGGACGUAUUUCAAAGACAACUCAAACAAUUAUUUUCAGUACUGUCUACAUGCUCUGUCUCAAAUACAGAUUAUGUAUGAUGCAGAAGAAGGGGAUAAUGGCCCAUUUUAGUUGUCGGUAGGAACAGCAGUGGUAUUAUAUAUAUAUAUAUUUAAUUUCUGGAAGUGCGUCUUAUUUGAAUCUCUUUAUUUAUCAGGUUUUGUUAAACUGAGUGUCACUUUAGCAUUUGUGUAGAUAUGGUGUACUGUUACAGCCAAGGUUACAAGUCAUACUCUAGAACUCAUUUCUCAUUCAUGGGCAAAAGGUCAGGCAUCACCUCUCCCUGAACGGUGUGAUUUAGGGUUCUGCAACCACCUCACCUCGGGUUUUAUAUUAUUGCCAUUACUUCUUUCUUCCAUUUUAAAGUUGUAUGUGCUUCCCCAAACAGACAAAGGUACUAGAUUGCACUGCAUGGUGGGGUUUGACAGUUAUAUCUACAGUACAUUUCUUCAGCUCUAUAUUUGGCCCACUCAUAAAAGCAUGUGUAUACUCUGUACCAAUUCACUAAAGAAUCAGGCACUUAGAAGAAAUGAAUGUUUCACUGGUUUGUGUUAUGAUAGAGAUGCAUACUUUUAAACAUGGUUUUCAUAUUUUUAGUUGCGGCACAGGUUUAUCUCUGAAGUAAUUCUCUGCAUGAAAAGAAAUGAAGGACUAGAAAUGGGAGAUUAGAUUUUUUUCUUGUUUUCCAAGUUUUGUGAAUGUAAUUUAUUUAUUACAUCUUGAAAAUGUUGACAAUUACAGUAGAGCGGGGAUCUCCAAACCAGGUUUUGGAGAGCCUCAGUCCAGGUAGUUUUAGAAAUCACCUGAAAUCACUAAUUUUCAAAGAUAUGUUUACACAUAACCGGCUUAAUCCGUCACAAUUCAUUUGCCUUGAAUUUCUGGAAAUUGAUGAAUUGAGGGUAACAUACUGUAUAAAACAUUUUGGAUUGUUGAUGGGAGAUAUUUAUUUUAGUAUGUAUUUAUAUUUAUGUAUGUAUUUGCUGUUUUUUAAUGCUGUAAUGAGCCAAUUCAUUGAACACUGUUUUUGUAUAACACUAUUGUUUACCCUCUUUUUUUAAUCUGUACAAUUACAAAACAAUAACCUGAACUCUAUAGGAGACACAAAGUGUUGCAGAAAUGUGUAAUGUAAUUGAGACAGCCUGCUGGUUAUUGUACUAGUGACACUGUACUACUCGCAUCAGAUAAAUAAUCAUUUAGACUGAGAAAUCUACAAGACCCCUGGGACAAAACUGAACUGAGGAUAUAUUGAUUAGGACCAUACAAGUGAAAGUGUUUCAUCUGUACAUAAAGCACUGGUAUAAUAGGAUAUUAGGAUUACAAAUUGUUCCAAGUCCUGGUCUUUGUGUUAAGUGUCAAUAAUCAAAUCAUUAAACUAACAAACAGGUUUAAUUACAUUUUGUAUCCUUAAAUAGCACAGUACUAGUUUAAUGAUGAGUUAAAUGAAAUAACCGAGAGCCCAGAUGGGAAUGGCACUGGAGAAAUCUCAGCCAGGAUUGGAAUGCCCUGAGCUGCUGUGGUGUGCGGAAUCUGGCAUGAUGGAAUGUGAUGUCCUUGUCUGCCAGAAAAUAAUGACUUCUAGGAGCUUUUCCUAUAGCCUUCUGACUCGUCAUUCAUGGUAGUCCAAAUCGUAGCGUACGGGAUAUUCCUGGAGUUUUUCAUCCGGUUUUGCAGUGGGUAACUGCCCCAAGGUGAAAGUGGAAGAGAAUCAUUUUUUGGUGUGUAUAGUAUCCGUUAGACUCAUAGUGCUUAUCUACAUGUGUAGGCGUAUAAUGUUUAUGGUUACAGAAAUGUUGCCUUGAAAUGAUUUUUUUUUAAGCAAAGGACUUUCUUUGGAAAAUGGGUGUGAGGAUGAUAUGAGAUUGCCUUUUGCAUGGGUAUCUCUUUGCCCAUUCUACCAGACAGCUCUGUAAAGAGUGAGAUGUUGUAGUGCCAGAUUUAUUCAUAUAAUUGAGUCUUUUGUAUUGUGUUAGAAGUCAAAAGACAUGUUAAAGGUUCCACAAACACAUUUGCCUUAUUAUUUUUAUUUCAUGGCAAAAUAAUGUACAGCACAGAUUUUUUUUUGUUAUUUAUAAAUAUCAAAGUAGCAAAACAACAGUAUGCCAUAUACUGAUUUAUUUAAAAAAAUAUAAUAAUAAAAGUAUGGGUGCUGCAAUUUUACCAGUACAAACAACAGCACAGUUCAUCCCCAUUUUGAUGCGGCUUAGAGUCUCCUUCACAUUGUUGUGUUUGGCUGUCAGACAGCUGUAUUAUUUCACACUGUUCCAUGACAAUCGUAGGGUUCUCUAUAUCACAACAUGGUGUGUUCUAAAGUUAAUUUAGAUUCUGAAAACUUAAAAGGUUUGUCUUCUGUUCAAAUGUUGUUUAUAAUGUAAAGAAGUCAUUGUAAUCCAUUUGUUGAGAGGGCUUUGGUAUGAUCAUUGACCAAAUAUGAAUGUUUUAUCUACAAGUAUACUGUACUGCAUUGCCUGUUAGUACUUUUUCUCUUUUUGUUACUGUU